AUGCAUACACCGACUGUCCUGUUGAUGACUCUCGCAGGCUCCACGCUCGCGAGCCCUCUCCUCGAGCGCAAUGCGCAAUGCUCGGAUGCUUUCCGCUCCAGCAUAACGACGGGCUUGGCCAGGUACCUUCAGCAACUUGAAACCAAAGACGGUGUAAAGACGUUGGUCUCCCUCUUUGGGUUACCAUACCUCCCAGUCGGCUUGGACGAAAGCACCACCGACAUUGAGGGACCCUUGAUCCGACAGGUCCUGUACAAGACCGACCCAAGAAACAAUCCGCCUACAACAAAUUCUGCCAACGGCACUAGCUCUAUCGCUUUGGACGUUACAGUCGGGCCUCGCGUGGUUCCGCUGCCAGUCGGCGCGAACGCGCUGGUUCCUUCGAUUUCGACCUCUCCGAUUGCGAGAUUGAGACCGUCCGUGUCGACGUGA